GGCGUGUGGUGGCAUUCACGCCAACCUACUCGUGUUCCUCAGCGGCGUGCGAGAGUGCACGUUGCAAAGGCUACUCGUGUUCCUCAGCAGCGUGCGAGAGUGCACGUUGCAAAGCUGCCAUAGCUAGCCUGCUGCAGACGGAGGAUGAUGCGGUCUGCGGUGUAAACGUGCGCGCUCGAUCAUCAUCCACUCAUCGGGUCAAUUUUUCAUUUUGACAGAGAAAAGAUGAAGUACGCGGACGGGCUGAUUAUAUUGGCAAUCUCUUUUGCCUCGACGUGGUUCUGCGAGGGGGUAUCAUGGAUCCUUAUCUAUCGGACUGCUGGCUACAAAAGCUUGCGGUCAAGCAUCGACAAAACAAGCAAAAAAUUGGAAAUCAUGAAGAGUUCAUCAACUGCAGCAGCAGGGAAGAAGAGCCGAUCGAGAAAGAUGGACCGAUUUGAAAGCAGUCUCAAGAACUCAAACAGAGAUCUGAGCAUGGCUAAACUGAAGUCUGGUGCGGUUGUUGCAGUGACGAUGGUCAUUCUUUACGGUUUUCUGAACACAAUGUUUGAGGGAAAGACCGUGGCCAAGAUUCCUUUUGAGCCGUUCAAUUUCGUCCAGAGGAUGUCUCACAGAGGUCUUCCAGGCAAUGAUCCGACAGACUGUUCCAUGGCUUUCCUGUAUUUCCUUUGUUCAUUGGCGAUCAGGUCAAAUCUACAGAAGCUCCUAGGGUUUGCACCGCCAAGAUCAGCUGCAGGAGCCAGCAUGUGGGCUGUCCCGGAGGGAAAGUCAAAGUAACUAACUAGUUUUGGAUUGAGUGGGAAUUGAAUGAGACGAGGGGAGGGAGCAGCAUCUGCAAUUUAGCAGGAUUUGAGGUGAGCUCCCGGGCUUGUGUGUUGUUUGUAGGUAGGAAGGUUGCAGGCAAUCAUCAAAGAUACAAGGGGGGGAGGGGGGAGGGGGCGAGGAAGGGGGAGAAAGGGUUGGGGGGGAGCAGUGGUCGAGGGCUGCGCUGGGAAUGCAUAUGUGCUAAUUGGUGCAUGUGACAGAGGACCACAGUAUUUGGAUACAGUAUCUCUUGAUUGCAAUUGCGGAUUUGUCCCCUGGAAGUCCAGCAGAUCUGGUGUUGUCGUUGAACCACGCCAUCUUAUAUCUGUAAGACUUUUUUUUUCUCUUUUUUUUUUUGAUGGUACGGAGUUGUUGGCUUUUUUUCUUUUUCUUUUCUUCUUCAAAUGGCAGGAUUAGUGGGGGCACAAUUAGGGCAACCUCCCCUUUCUCUGGGUGAUGCCUUGUGCCCAUGUUCUCAAGGGUCGAAGCUUUUGGGAAUCGGAAAUUGGAUGGCGGAAGUGACUGUGUACUCAGAAUACCUGUUUGUUUGCCGUUGUUUCACAGAUUGUGGGACAAAUGGCUGACUUUGACCAUUGUUGAUUGAUAUAUGACAGCAGCUUGUGACCGGAACUGCUGAAAAAGGUAGGGGCAUUGUUUAUAACGGAAAGUCCGUUAUAAUCGUGAGCGUCUGUUUCGGCAGCAUUUUACACAGCAAGUUCCAUUUCUGGAAGAUUGGCGAUGUAUACGUGGUGAUGGUGUGGAUGAUGGUCGUCAUCGGGCAUGCCAAGAGAGAUUUCAGCAGCAGUGUUGAAUUCGCUCGGAUUAUGGGAGGGAUCGGGAGGAGAUUAUUGUCGGUCCAGACUGUACUGGAUGUGCACCAAGAUGGAAAAGACCAUUUUGUUGUUUGAAUUUCUAGAAAGCAUUGAGAAUUUCUAGGAAUUUUUGAUGACGUUCUUUCCGAUUGAAUCGUUAGUGUUACGGCAUUCUCUUUUCGUUCGUUAUCGUUCUUACUUCACUCGGCUGCAAAUGAUGGUUGGUAAAUCUUGCUUUGUCUU